AUGACCACAAGCGUGGAGCGGGCGUGCAUGCUGUGCGGCCGGGCCGAGGCUGACCCGGACACCUGCGGACCGCUACUGGAGGAAGAUGGGAUCCUUGUCCACGGCUUUUGCCUGUAUUUUGCCAACGAGCUCUUUCAAACGAGCUCACAUAUCACUACGGAAGGAUUUGUGUCAUUCCCGCUCACGGAUGUCAGACACACGAUCGAGCAGGCAGCACAGCGGCACUGCAUCGUGUGCAGCAACAGCGGGGCGACCAUCACCUGCCACGAGACUGGGUGUGACCGCAGUUUCCAUCUCCCCUGUUCCACCGCGGGUGAAUGCACCACCCAGUUCUUUGCUCCAUACAGGUCCUUCUGCUGGGAGCACCGGCCAGAGCAGGCAGCGGAGGCGGCUCCGGAGGAGAACACCACAUGCCUCAUCUGCCUGGACCCUGUGGGGGACAGAAAGUCCUACCACACCCUGGUGUGCCCAGUAUGCAAACAUGCCUGGUUCCACAGGGGCUGCAUCCAGCGACAGGCUAUGCACGAGGGCAUUCUGUGGUUCCAGUGCCCAGUCUGCAGAAACAGGGAUGACUUCUUGAUGGAAAUGCUCACUAUAGGGAUCCACGUCCCAGUAAGACUGCCAUGGUGGUACGGCCAGGAAAACGAGGAGCCCACUGAGACGCACAGCCGCUGCGAUGCCAGGGAGUGCUCUUGCCCAGACGGCAGGGAGCAUGUGGAGGAAGAGGGCCUUCUCCAGCGUCACCUCGGGGCUGGGCAGCACCAGCACCCGGAGCCAGGCGCCGUCGGGGCGCUCCCGCAGGGCUCGAGUGCUCCAGAGCAGCGGCAGGGCCAGCACUCGCGAGCUCCAGCCCUGCCGGGCCCUGCAGAUGCCAGUGCCCCUGCUCUCCUCGUCGGGCCCAAAGUCCUGACAGCCGGCCCAGAAGAUGCAGGACCUCAGGUGUGCUGUCCCAAAGUACUGGGCCCUGAUCUCCUUUCCCCAGCACAAUAA